AUGGUCACUAUCGACCAUUAUUCUAUAUGCUACAUUGUCGUUAACGUCGGUGCCGAAUAUGAGGCAUCCUUCCGCGUUCCACGAAAACGAGAUUACCCAACGCGGCUCAGCGAGGAAGCCAUGUUUUGGCAUGCACAAGGCUGGGCCGUACUGGCCCGGCUGAUGCUGGUUACCAUUCCAGCCGGAUCAUGCGAAUCCGAUACACCGAUCCCAUCUGCGAACGAGCCCACUUCAACAUGUCACGCCCGGGACAUCAACUACGUGACCGACACCUUGCCUGAGCAAUGUUAUAGGGUUCGUUGGCAACAUGCUGAAUCGAUCGUAUUCAAUGAUGGCGAUCAAACGGCAGAAUAUAUAGGACACGACCCCUCAUUCCUGGAUACAAGACCAGUAGAUCGCGAGGAGAAUGACCGCCAGCCUUCUACUGCCUCAGUCGAGACUACAAACUCUGGGGAUGAUCAUACGGAAGCCACAACCUUCAUGUCCUUCGAAGAUUGGAAGGAUCUCAAGGCACGUGAAGCUGAACGUGAGGCUCAAGAUACCAAUCCGGACUCUGAGAAAGCUUUGCCACCCCCCCAGGGACAUGACUCUAGAGAAGAAAGUGACAUAGCACUUAAGGUUGAAGCAGUAUCAGAAGAGCUCAGCAGUAUCGCAGCGCCACCGCGGCAAUCUCUUGCUGGCGCUGGCGAAACCGAGCAGCCAUCGGAACCAGUUCUAUAUGACGAUGGCAAGGCACAGUAUUACCGCAGUAAGGACGCAGGGAAGACAUGCAAGGAACGAUUUUCAUACUCGUCAUUCGAUGCUGGCGCUACUGUCCUCAAGACCAAUACCGGAGCGAAGAACGCGAAGGCGAUAUUGGUCGAGAACAAAGACUCCUACAUGCUGCUCGAAUGCGCCGCGGACAACAAAUUUGCCAUCGUCGAGCUCACAGACGACAUUCUCAUUGAUACUGUGGUACUUGCAAACUUCGAAUUCUUCUCCAGUAUGAUCCGGCACUUCAAGGUCAGCGUCAGCGACCGGUAUCCCGUGAAAGUCGACAAAUGGAAGGACUUGGGCGUAUUUGAGGCCAAGAACUCCAGAGACAUUCAGCCUUUUCUCGUCGAGAACCCUUUAAUCUGGGCUAAAUACGUUCGCAUCGAAUUUCUUACUCACUACGGGAAUGAGUAUUACUGCCCAGUAUCUCUACUCCGAGUCCAUGGCACCCGCAUGCUCGACUCCUGGAAAGAUACCGAGGCACCCCCCGACGAAGACGACGCUGAAGACGAACCUGUGGAUGCAGUCCUGGACCUCAUUCAAGACUUGGACAUUGAUCAGGCACAGAGGGUACCACCACCUGACAAUAGUGAGGCAGAUGAAGUUACUCGCCAGGGACAAAGCAUCUGGAGUGAUGUGGGUAACUCUGUGCCAUCUUCACCACUACAGGCUUCCCUUGUUCAGGAGAAUCCUCUGGAUUUCACAUGCCCCGUAAACACUGCUGUUCUAGAAGAGGCUGCAUCGAAACCACGUUCGACCGUGGACAGGCUUCCGCACGAAACUGAAAGUCAAAAGGCCGACGUCUACCCUGCUGCCCACUCCGACGAUUUGCUACUUUCUCAACGAUUGAAAGAACACUGGACUGGUCCGCUGGAUAGGGUUGAUGAUCCGUCCGAUCUAGUCACUGGAAUAACCUCUACCGAUUCAACAUCUAUCAUCCCUGUGACGGUAGCGACAUCAAGGCCGACGUCAGUACCACACAUUUCGUCUCAAAAUGCAUCACGCAUCGCUUCGGGGUCCCCAAAGAGACCAUCGCCGGUUGCACAAGCGCCGACGCGCUCCAAGAACGGCACUUCCGCCUCAGUCCCGCCGGCCUCGCCAACGGUCCAAGAGAGCUUCCACAAGGCGGUAAGCAAACGCUUGCAAUUGCUGGAGUCGAAUGUCACGCUGUCUCUUGAGUACUUGGAGGAGCAGUCACGCUUUCUACAGCAAUCUCAGCGGGCGUCAGAACGCAGACAACUAGCCAAGGUUGACUUGCUACUAGACAGCCUCAACCACACAGUCUUAUCCGAGCUUCGUCAUGUUCGCCAACAAUACGAUCAGAUGUGGCAGUCCACCGUCAUGGCCUUAGAGAACCAGCGGGACCAAUCGCAAAGGGAGCUCGUCGCGCUAGGUUCGCGACUGAAUGUCCUUGCUGACGAAGUAGUAUUCCAGAAGAGGAUGGCCAUUCUACAGGCGAUACUGCUACUAUCGUGCUUGGUAAUGGUAAUCUUCUCGAGAACGAUAGUCUCUGUUUCACCAAACCAGAUGGAUAUGCCAUUCAGUUCAAGCCGGCAAUAUCAACAUAGUCUCCCCCGAGCUCUGCAUUCCUCUGGGUUGGGUCGAUCACACAGCGGCCAUCUUUCUACUUCAAUUGUCGAAUAUGACCAUGAGGGCGAUGCCCAGCAACAAGGCCAAGGCCACGGCACGGAUCCCUUCAUCCGAGUCCAUCAGCACAGCCAUGGAGGCAGCCUUGCUGAUGCACGGCGUACAUCAGGGCCACGGCUAGAGCGUGCUCGACUUGCUACCUCACCCAUUUCUCUUAGCGAGGAUGACUCCUGGGUUACUCGCCAAAGCGAGGGUGUUCCCAUCUCUCCUAGCAUAUCGGCGACGCCACCUACAGCAAAUGAGCGCCACAUUAGCCGAUCGUUCAAUCCGCAUUCUUCUGAACAGAUUCUGACUCCGUCAUCUUCAGACGCACAGGACACUCAAUCCGACGGAAUUGGCUCAGACCCAUCGAGCGAAGAUGGCUCCCGAACACCACCCAGCCCCUUGGGUAGGUUGGCAAACACGCAUGAUCUGGGUCCUGGUUUUCGCAAGCCGCUGCCUGCACUUCCUGAACAUCUCCCCUCGUGAAGGCUGUUCACAUGGUCAGUCAAAUACCGUGGUUACGGCGCCAGCACACCGCACACGCUUUACUUUCAUGAUACACGAGAUAUGUUUCCACGUCCAUCAGCUUGUACAGAAGACUCGAAAUGGCUCUUCAUCAGCUACGUAUGAAUAUUAGACAUGAGACCCACUCAAACUUUGCUGGGCUCUCUACAUAACAAGC